AUGAAGAAAAAGAAGGCUAAGGCCGCUGGGAUCUACUCGACUCCCCCUAGGAGAAGACGCAUCGAGACGCUCGCCAGGAAUUCUUGUCAGUCAAGCCAAUCCAACCUCACGAGCUUUGUCAAGACCCCGUACAAAGACUGA